AUGAUUGAAGCGUCGAACCGGGUCCCCACGUGGGCCAUUCUCACGGUCCUUGCGGCCAUCAGUGCUGGCGCAUAUUUCAACACAAUCCAGGCUGGCUUCACCUAUGACGACUUCUUUGCAGUGAUCAAGAACACGGAUGUCACUGACGCCACCAAACCGAUUUCGGAGUUGCUGCAGAAUGACUUCUGGGGCCAGAAACUCAGUAUGCCGACGAGCCACAAAUCCUACAGGCCUCUCACCGUGUUCUCGCUCAGGCUACAGCACCGUUUUGGGAGCCAGCUCCUCAAACUGGUUGGCUGGGAGAAGGUCUAUCGCCUGCAUGACAACAGCGACGCUGACCUGGACCCGCUGCCGUUCCAUGUCAGCAACGUCUUCCUGCAUGCGGUCGUCACCUGCCUCCUGUACCUGUUGGCCCUGCGGCUGUGCGUGGCCAGGGACAGCCUGGUGUUCCCUCUCACUGGUUCUGUCAGCAGCGGGCUCCACAGGGAUGCGGACGCUGCAGACGGCGGUGCCAGACACGCUGGCACCGGGAAGAAGAGGAAGGGGAGCGCCGAGGGCGGCCUGCGGCAGCGGCGCAGCACUGCAUACGCAGAGCAUGCCGGCUCUGACGGCGGCGGCCAAAGGGCCAGGAAUGGGGCGAGCCUGAGAGCGUGGAGCAGCCGGCAGCAGGCGGAGGCAUUCCUGGCGGCCGUAAUUUUUGCGGUGCACCCCAUCCACACAGAGGCGGUGGCGGGGAUUGUUGGGCAGGCGGAGCUCGUCUGCGCGGCGUACUCCAUCGUUGCUCUGCUCCUGUACGCUGAGGCAGCGGACCUCUGGCUCAGCAGCAGGGUGGGGUGCACAGCGCCGGAGGAAAGGUUCUGGAGGGAGGUGCAGCACUGGGCCCUGGUUGUGGGGGCCAUGCUGUGCGUGUGGGCUGCGUCCCUGGCCAAGGAGAUCGGCAUCACAGUGACCGCAACGAUGGUCCUCUAUGACGCAUUCCUGGUACCUUUCGACAGGGCGCAGCCUCCCCACAGCGGGUCAAAAGUCUCAUUAGGGGAGCGGGUAUGGCGGCAGCUCUGUACGCGGAAGGGAGCGCGCAUCAUAGCAGCUGGGGUCACAUUGGUUCUCUAUGUGAAGUUUCGCUCGUUCCUGGCCGUGGAUCAGCUCGUGCGCAUCUACCGGGAGGUGGAGAACCCGGUGGCAUUUGCGUCGGGGCUGACAAAGCUGCUGUCGCUGGCGCACCUGCAUGCGCAGUAUGCAGCACUGAUGGUGGCCCCCGUGCACAUGUGCGCCGACUGGUCCUACCGCUGCGUGGCCCUUGUUGAGAGCCUGGGCGACUGGCGCAACCUGAUGAGCGUCGCCGUCUAUGCCUGGCUGGCCGCCAUGCUGCUCCUGGGGCGCCCCUGGGAAGUCGUCCUGGAGGGGCUCUACGGUCCCAACAAGGCGCGCUCCCUGCCCACAGCCUUACAGGGGGCGGUGCAGAGCAAUGGGCUGGUCAGGGGAGGCUCGGCCAGUUCGCUGGAGGCGGCUGGGGCAGAGGCUGAGUCGGCGCCGCUGUCCGGGCGCUCCAUGCAAAAGGCAGCCCUGGCGCGCAGGCGGCAGCGGUGGCGCAGCUUUGUGGCCCUCGGCCUCAUUGUCGCGCCCUUCCUGCCCGCCUCCAACCUGUUCUUCUGGGUGGGUACGUACAUUGGAGAGAGGCUGCUGUACGCGCCGUCCAUUGGGUACUGCAUCCUGCUGGCAGACUUGGUGGCCUGGCUGGCGGGGGAUGCGCUGCCAGGGAUCCUCCAGCUGUGGAGGGACAGCCCAGGGCAUUUGAAGGACGAGGGGCUGAAUUCGGAGCGGCGGGGAAUGGGAUGGCGCGGUCGGGCGGCGGCAGUGUUACUAGCGGUGUUGCUGGCGUGGUACACCUGGCGCACCUUUGACCGCAACUGGGACUGGGAGGACGAGGAGCGCCUGUUCAGGUCGGCGCUCAAGGUGUGCCCAGGGAGCGCCAAGGUGCAGCUGAACAUGGGGAUAACGGAGCGGCGCUAUUACAAUUGGGAGGUGGCGCUGGAGCACUUUGAGUCGGCGCAUGCGCUGUCCACGCCCGGCUUCUGCGAGCCGCUCUACUGGCUCGGCGUCACCCGCAUCAACGCCGGUGCUGACAUCGGCCGCGGCGCCCAGGCGCGCUGCCCUCCCCGCCUGAAUCUUGCGCUGGCCUGCUUGCUUCCAGCACUCAGCUGCGAGCUGGAGGACUCGCUGGCGUGCAUACACACGGCGACAGACGCGGCAACGGCGCUGAAUCGCAUCUACUCGACGAUGCAGGAGAAGGCGCCAGAGGGGGGCCUCUUCCUCAAGCGCUGGGCGCGCGUGCUGCUGCGGCCCGAGCUGCGCCACGUUGAGUCGGCCUGCGACGCCCUCGAACAGGCCCUCCUUGGCCGCCCCGCCGACCCUGUGCCCCCCGACGCUGACAUCGCCGAGACGAUGCAACCAUGCCUGGAGUACCUGGCGGACCCGGUGAAUCACACGGAUCCGGCGGUGGCGGAUGGGCUGGCGGCGCUGCGGGUGUGCCUUGAGGCGCGCAUGGUUCUCAUGAGCGUCCUGUCGCGCAACGACCCCACCUCCCUGCCCGCCAAGACCGCCGGCUACUCCUACAUCGCCAAGUUUGGCGCCGCCUGCCGCCACCAGCACCUGCCGCCCGAGCACGUGCUGUCGGCGAUACGCAAGGCGAAGGCGACGGGGCAGCCGGCGCCGGAGGUGCCACCGGUUGAGGCGUCGCAGGGGCACGUGUACAUUGUGCACCGGCUGCACACGGCGGACGCGGAGGACGCCUGGCUGCAGCGCGAGUGGGGCGAGGUCAUGCUCUCCGAGGACCGCCUCGCCGACGCCGCCGUGCACUUCGAGGCAUGCGCCUCGCAUUUGUCCCGCCCUCCAUAUCAUCCCUCGCUGCACUGGGUGGCGGGGAAGCAGAUGGUGAAGCUUAUCCCGCGCCUGGUGCACGCUAACCUGAGCCUGGGCAUCGACGAGGACAGCGGCCAUGUGGGCGAACUCAGUGUGGAGCAGGUCGUCCUGGCCGCCACCACCUCCUUCGACCGCGCCGUGCAGGCGAGGACGGAGUUCCCGUGCCGGGUGUACCACCAGAUGUGCGAGGCGCAGGCGGCGCUGUCGCAGGUGUACUCGCUGCGGGGCCAGCCCGAGGCGGCGCGCGAGAAGAUGGAGUCCGCGCAGCGCUGCAUGGCGGCCGUGGCUGCCAUGGACCUCUGCCGCGAUUACGUGCGCCAGCUGGCCGCCAUGCAGGGAGACCUCGACGCAGAGACAUAG